GUCUUGGCUCUGGCUCGAUGCUUGCCUGCGUGCCGGGGAGGGUGCAUGUGUAUUUUGAUUUCUGUGAGAAUCAGGCUUGUUUGCUUUAUGGUUACUGUUUGCGCACUUUUUCAUCUAUUGGCUGAUGGCUCUCGUACUUAUCUUUUUUCAACACUGGAAUCGGUUAUGAUGGACAUCCGCUCAUUCCAAUGCCCCGUCAUCUAUUAAUUUGAACUGUCAAAACAAGGCAUGGCUUUAUUGCUUCUUUGGUAAUUUUCCAGCAAGCUCUGCUGUUAGCUCCCUGGAUGUUAACUUCCUGUAAAGUAUCUCUGCAGACGUUGGCUGUUUGUUAAGGGAUGCACACUUAACACUGAGCCAACUCCAGAGGCAAAGUGAAAGCUCAGCUGGCUCUGUUUUGGACAAAGCUGCAGUAAUUAAGAUAAAUGAGGCAUCGUUUCAAAGCACUUUAAUUUUGAUUUGAUAAGUCACCCUUUUUUCAGACGUCACUUUCUACCUCAUUUAACCUCAUUUACCUAUACCUGUGCGUCUCUGAAGCCAGUGGCAGAAGAUGGAGCCAAAGGCAGUGAUUCUGGCCGCUGGGAAGGGCUCUCGCAUGGUGGAUCUCACCUGCCAGCUGCCCAAGUGUCUGCUGCCCGUGGGUGGCCUACCGCUGCUGUGGUACCCGCUGCGGCUGGUACAGGACGCCGGAAUCCAGUCAGCCCUGGUGGUGGUGUCAGAGGCCGUUUUACGAGACCACAAGAACGACAUCGCCCAGAUACCAGCCAAACACGGCCUGCUGAUUAAUGUCGAGCUGUGCGCCGUGCCGGGUCGGGAGGACCCCGGCACGGCCGACUCUCUGCGACACCUCCGCUCCGCCGACCACCUGCGCCCCACCCAGCCGCUACUGGUGCUCAGCUGUGACCUGGUGACCGGCUGCGCGCUGCGCGAGCUGCUGAGCGCCCACCUGCUGCGCGGCGCCGCGCUAACGGCGCUGUUUGCCGCGCCCGGCGACCCGACCGUCUCGCCGGCGGCGGUGAUCGCGCCCGGGCCCAAGUCGCGUCACAAACCCGAGCGGGACCUGGUGGGCCUGGCCGGACCCGAGCAGCGCCUCUGUCUGCUCGCCUCAGAGGCUGACUUUGAGGAGGAGGUGGAGCUGCGACUGGCUGUGCUGCGCCGGCACCCGAAACUGCUGGUCAGGAGGGACCUGCUGGACGCUCACCUCUACCUGUUGGCGCCGGGACUGCUCGACUUUGUGGACAAGAGUCCCCAGCUGAGCUCACUGAAAGGAGAGGUGGUGCCGCAGGUGAUCCGGGCCCAGUAUCGUCGUCCUCGCGUGCAGCCCUGCGACGACACCGCCCCCGCCCCCGCCCCCGCCCCGGCCCCGGCGGCGGUCCACUCCGCUAACACCUACCUACGUCAGCCGCGCUUCGCCUCGCUGACGGCCCGCUUCGCCGCUCCGGUCGAGGCGGAGGACGUGGGUCGCACCAGCUGCUUCGCGGUGACGACGCACGCACUGACGUGGCGUGUGAACACAACCGCGGCGUAUCUGGCGGCGAACCGGGCCGUGACGCGCCUCUGGGAGACACUGCCGGGCGAGCGGCCGCCCCGGCUCCACCCCCAGGCCAACAUACCGAGCGGAAAGGUGCAGCUGAGUGACGACUCUGUAGUGGGCGAGGGCUCGUCGCUCUCUGAGCGGAGUCACAUCCAGCGCUCAGUGGUCGGCCGGCACUGCUCGCUUGGACCGCGCGUCCGCCUCGUCGACUGCGUGCUCAUGGAUCAUGUGACCGUUCACGAGGAUUGUGUUCUGUCUAACUGUAUCCUGAUGAAUAGUAGCACGGCGGAGGCGGGCGCCCAGCUGAGUGACUGUCUGGUGGGGGUGAAUCAGGUGGUGGAAGCGGGUGUAAAGAAGAACAGGGAGGUUGUGUCGCAGCAGAGCGGUCAUAUGGAGGUCUAUUGAGGGAAGACGGAGGGAGAGAUGUGGUUAUGGAAUUGUUGUGGCUGGAGAGAGGAGGUAGGGGAUGAGUUAUCAGUGGAGAGCUUGUUGAGUGUGAGUGGAGUUGGCUAUCUGUGACGCUGGGGUGUUCAUCUUCGGCGUGGUAAAUCGAGGAUAGAUAGCUGCGGCCUUCCCCGUGGCGAGUUUGAACACUUAUACUUCCAUCGUCGGACUGCAGAUGGCAGCACGCGUGUCUUGUGUUUCACAAAGCGGUAAUACAUACUGCCAUUGAAGCCGCUGGCUGGUGGCUCUGCCGGUCCACGGUCCUGGUAAAAUCCUGUUUUGCUCAGGAUGUAACGUGUUUCGUCAGCUCCGUGAUGCCUGAAAAACCCGAGGUUAUUGUCUCAGACUGCGGAGAUAUUUGGUGCUUGUUUGGUGGCGGCGGGUGACGGAAUUUGCCACUAUUCGCUGGACGUUGGACCUAUCAAUUGAUGCAGGGCUGGUAUAAACCUGUGUCUAUGGUUCUUUGUGACUUCCAGACCAGAAGCUACAGGACAACAUUUCAGGUAGUCUGUGAGCAAUUUCAACCAUGGAAUGUGUUGCUAAAAUACAAACUGUUUCUUAUGUC